CACACAGACAUUCAUUCAUAAAAUCUGUAACCAUUGUUGAUUCGAUUUGAUUUUACGAUGGUUAUGAUAAUCGGAUCAAAAUAUUGAAGAAACGAUGACCAAAUCAAUUGCAAUCAUAGGUAGCGGUAUUAGUGGAUUAUCAGCUGCCUAUUACCUGCUACAAAAAUCAAUUCAAAAUGGUCAAAAAAUUGGAAAAAUUUAUCUUAUCGAACAACGAUCACGUGUUGGUGGUUGGUUACAUUCAAAAUCUAUUGAUAAUGGUCAAGAUUAUUUUGAACUUGGUCCAAGAACGAUCAGUCUAAAUUCAUAUGCCGGAAUCAAUUGUCUUUCAUUGGUAAAUUCAAUUGGUUUAGCUGAUCAAAUAAAAUCCGUACCAAAAUAUUCAAAAAGUUUUCAAAGACGUUAUGUUGUUAUUGAUGGCCAGCUUCGUCAACUACCAAAUCGUUUUAGUGAUUUAUUUGUUAGUCGACCACCAUUUAAACCUUUUAUCUAUUAUUUAUGGAAUGAUUUACGACAACCACCUGUUAAAAAAAUUAACGAUGAUGAUAUUUCGGUUGAUGAAUUUUUUCGUCAAAGAUUUGGUUCGGAUAUUGCUGAAUAUCUUAUAAAUCCAUUAUGUAUUGGUAUAACUGGUGGCGAUAGCCAUUUGUUAUCAAUGCCAUCAAUAUUUUCAUCAUUAUUUCAAAAAGAACAAAAAUAUGGAUCAGUUGUGAAAUCAAUGUUUAAAAAAGAAGAUAUUUUCAAAGAUUUACAUCAAAAUCCACUUGUACAACAAUCAAUCAAUGAAAAAUGGGCUGUUUUUUCAUUCAAAAAUGGUAUUGAAACAUUACCAAAACAAUUAAUUUCUCGGUUAACGGAGAAUUUUCCAAAACAAAUUGAAUUAAAAUUGGAAACAAAAGUUAAUCAAAUUGAAUUCCGAUCAUCCGAUAAAUGUUUAAUCAAUGCUGUUCACAAGCAGGAUAAUACCAUCAUGGAAGAUAAAUUUGAAGUUGAUCAUUGUUUUUCAUCAAUACCUGCCAUACAUUUAGCAUCGUUAAUUCGAUCAAAUUUAUCUACGAAUGAUGAUCAAGAACUUAAAUCAACACUAUUAUCAAUCAAAACUGUACAUAUGGCAUUGGUUUGUUUGAAAUUUGAUCGAGAAAUUAUUCCAUCCGAUAUGGGAUUUGGUUUUUUAAUUCCGGCCAAUCAAAAUUCAUCGAUUCUUGGUUGUACAUUUGAUUCGUGUAUAUUUCCAGAAUCCAAAACCAAAAUGACCGUAAUGUUAGGUGGAUAUAUGUUCGAGAAAUUAUUCGGUCAACCUGAUCAAGUGGAUCAAAAUCAAUUAAUCGAUAUUUCAUUACAAACAUUGAAAACAUUGUUGAAAAUCAAUAUUCAACCAAUCGAAAUAAAAGUUGCCAUUCAUAAGGAUUGUAUUCCACAAUAUACAAUUGGACAUAGACAAAAAUUGAAAAAAAUUGAAAAACAAAUUAAAAAAUUACCAUUAUCAUUAUUGGGUUCAUCAUAUUAUGGUUUUAGUGUUCCGGAUACCAUUCUGAAUGCACGACGUGAAGCAGAACAUUGGCAUCAACGUUAGAGAAUAAUAUUUUUCUUUCGCUUUUUUUACUUUGUUGUUGUUUAUUAUUGUUUAUUAUUUACAAAACAAAAUCUGAAAAAUAAAAUAAAUUUAUAAUACAAA